AUGUUCCGCUCCACCUCACGGUCCGCAGAGAAGCGGAGGGCGGAGGAGAGACUACAAUGCCCAGCGGGCCGUGCGCGGGCUGCGCUUGCGCGAUUCGCCGACGGGGGGGCGGUCGGGCCAUUUAAAUGUGUGUUUGUGGGUGAAAUGGCUGCGCAGGUCGGAGCUGUGCGCGUAGUACGGGCGGUGGCGGCGCCGGAGGAGCCGGACAAAGACGGGAAGGAGAAACCCCAUGUUGGGGCCUCGCCGCGGGGCGUGAAGCGGCAGCGGCGGGCGAGCAGUGGGGGCUCUCAGGAGAAGCGGGGGCGGCCGAGUCAGGACCCCCCUCUCGCUCUCCCUCACCGGCGGCGUCGCAGUCGCCAGCCUCCCGGGCCGCUGCCGCCAACGAAUGCAGUUCCAGCCGUUCCAGGCCCUGUGGAGCCUCUGCUCCUGCCGCCUCCGCCGCCACCUUCCCUGGCGCCCGCCGUCGCUGCCCCGCUCCCGGCCCCGAGCACCUCGGCCCUUUUCACCUUCUCGCCCCUCACGGUGAGCGCGGCCGGGCCCAAACACAAGGGCCACAAGGAGCGACACAAGCACCAUCACCAUCGCGGGCCCGAGGGCGACCCUAGCUCCUGCGUCCCAGUCGAUGUCAAGCACAAGGACAAGCAAGAAAACGGCGACAGGACUGUGGGGGUGCCUGUGAUCAAGGCCCCCAAGAGAGAAACGCCAGAUGAAAAUGGUAAAACCCAGAGAGCUGAUGAUUUGGUCUUGAAGAAAAUAAAGAAGAAAAAGAAAAAGAAACACCGAGAAGAUAUGCGAGGAAGACGCCUUAAAAUGUAUAAUAAGGAAGUACAAACCGUCUGUGCUGGCCUGACCCGCAUCAGUAAGGAAAUCCUCACCCAAGGACAAAUAAAUAGCACUUCAGGAGUUAAUAAAGAGUCCUUCAGGUAUCUGAAAGAUGAGCAGCUGUGCCGUUUAAAUUUGGGCAUGCAAGAAUAUCGAGUACCCCAGGGAGUACAAACACCUUUUGUGACUCACCAGGAGCAUUCUAUUCGUAGAAAUUUCUUAAAAACAGGUACUAAAUUUAGCAACUUUAUUCAUGAGGAACGCCAGUCCAAUGGUGGUGCUCUUGUCCUUCAUGCUUACAUGGAUGAACUCUCAUUUUUGUCUCCAAUGGAGAUGGAGAGAUUUUCUGAAGAGUUUCUUGCUUUGACAUUCAGCGAAAAUGAGAAAAACGCUGCUUAUUAUGCUUUAGCAAUAGUGCAUGGAGCCGCUGCUUAUCUCCCAGACUUCUUGGACUACUUCGCUUUUAAUUUCCCCAACACUCCAGUGAAAAUGGAAAUUCUGGGCAAGAAAGAUAUAGAAACAACAACCAUUUCAAACUUUCAUACUCAGGUCAACAGGACAUACUGCUGUGGCACCUAUCGAGCAGGUCCUAUGAGGCAGAUAAGUCUUGUUGGAGCAGUAGAUGAAGAAGUUGGUGACUAUUUCCCAGAGUUCCUUGAUAUGUUAGAAGAAUCACCAUUUCUGAAAAUGACUUUGCCCUGGGGUACGCUGUCCAGCCUUCGACUCCAGUGCAGGUCCCAGAGUGAUGAUGGGCCUAUCAUGUGGGUGAGACCAGGAGAGCAGAUGAUCCCUACAGCAGACAUGCCAAAGUCACCCUUCAAAAGACGACGAUCAAUGAAUGAAAUAAAAAAUCUUCAGUACCUACCUCGGACCAGUGAACCCCGUGAAGUCCUUUUUGAAGAUAGGACCAGAGCUCAUGCUGACCAUGUAGGUCAGGGGUUUGACUGGCAGAGUACGGCUGCUGUUGGGGUUUUGAAAGCUGUACAGUUUGGUGAAUGGAGCGACCAACCUCGCAUAACCAAAGACGUAAUUUGUUUUCAUGCUGAAGAUUUUACUGAUGUCGUACAGAGACUUCAGUUGGACCUUCAUGAACCUCCAGUUUCCCAGUGUGUGCAGUGGGUAGAUGAAGCGAAACUAAACCAAAUGAGGCGGGAAGGCAUUCGGUACGCAAGAAUUCAGCUGUGUGACAAUGAUAUCUACUUCAUCCCCAGAAACGUCAUUCAUCAGUUCAAAACAGUGUCGGCAGUGUGUAGUUUAGCCUGGCAUAUAAGGCUUAAACAGUACCAUCCAGUUGUGGAAGCCACUCCUAACACAGAAAGCUCUGCUAACAUGGACUGUAGUUUAACUGGAAAUCGAGAAUUAGAAGUUGACUCCCAAUGUCUGAGGAUAAAAACUGAGUCAGAAGAAGCAUGCACGGAGAUGCAGCUUUUGACAGCUUCCUCGUCCUGCCCAUCUUCUUCAGAGCUUAACCCAGCCCACGAUCAGAUGACUCAGCCCAUUCCAGCUCUGAAGGUGGAGAGCAGACUGGAAUCUGGCCAGCAACAUCAUCUGCAGGAGCAUUCGAGCACUCCUGUGUGAUAUGUACAUAUUCAAACACAUUUUUUAACUUUUUUAAAUUUUGAUGUGAAGUUAUAGUUUUAUAACUGGCUUAAGUUAAGUUUUAUUGGAGAAAUCUUGCCUAUAAUUCUAUAAAGAGAAAUGACAUUCCACAAAUGUCAAGCAUAUCUUUUUUACACAGAUUAUGCAAAGUUAAGAGUUGUAUCUUAUCCCGUUAGUACAGUAUGUAAUAGUGGGUCUGCUGCUACUUUCUGUUUUAAGGUGUGAGGUAACAAUUCAAUCUCUUCAAUUCAAAAUGACAAUUCUCUGGAAUAACAGAUUCUUAUUUGGUAAGUUAUUCACUUUCCUUAAUUUGAUCUUGCCUUGCCUCAUGCCAUAUUUGCUGCUUUCAUGAUCGGCGAUCAGAUUUAUGGGUCAGUACUGUGUCUUUAUGGCACAAGUUCCCUUUCUGCAGUUAAAAUGGUAUAGCUUGUUGGAGUGGGUUCCUGCAUGUUGGCCAUGGGCAAGUAAGUUAUUUAGUUCCAGCCACAAAGAACAAGUCCUUUUAAAGGCAAAUCCAGUGACUCUUGGUUUCUUAACAAAAGGGAAAGCAUAGCACUUUCUGAUCCAAACUGUCGGGUUUGGGGUUUUUUUUUUGGUGUCUGUUAUUUAAAGCCCAGUGGGUAUUUUGAUUAAAAAAAAAAAAAUAAAUCUAAAGUUGAAUCGUCCUUGGUCAUUCAUUAUCCAUGGUUCAUUAAUCUUUUCUAAAAUAACCUGAUGAUAGAAGAUACUUUGAGUAAAAGAGAUAAUGCUGACAUGAAACUCUCGCUCUGCUUCUUAGCCUCCUCACACUUUGUGUGGACUCUCUUGCUUCCUAAACUAAUCACAAGGGUCAAAUUUAAAGAAUGGCAUCCAUCUUUCAUGAGACUGCCGUAUUCUGACCAUCAGAAUUUGGAACUAUUCUUCUUGUCAUCUAGUGUCAACCUCUUCAUGAUAAAAAUCUAUUAUGAUACAUUUUCAGUACAUAUUUUUAACUGGUGAAUACUGGGGUUUAUUCACUAUUUCUGUGUCGCUUCUUUCUGAAGGAUUAUGCCAUUAGAUUUAAUCCUAGAGUUUUAGGUUGCCUAAUGCUUAGUGCCUAAUUUUUUUUUUAAUGGCACCGCUUAUAGCUCAGGUGAUCUUUAACUUUCUGUUAUUUUAAAAUGUCAAUGUGAAACAAAUUUCACUUUCUCUAAGUUAAUACAGUAGGGCUUUUGUUUAUCAAAGGAAGCGUAUUCCCCACACCUAUGACCAGAUUCUUGUUUAUCUACCUGGUUACAGUGUAAUUUGGAGAUCCCCCCCCACCCCCCAGGAUGAGAUUAGGAACAUACACAUUAUCAUAGGCAAACAAACAAAAAAGAAGAAAAGAUGCUGCUGUAUUAUGUCUGUCACCAUGAAAAUUUAGCUGCAUCUUCUGAAAUAUACAAUAAGAAUUUUCUCUAAAAAGAUUCAAGAAAUAGGUUAAAUCUUAUAUAAAUAUUACUUUGUGCAAUAUUGUGUAGUUAAAUGCAUAUUAGCAAAGUAUAGAGGUCACCGUGUAAACCGAUAGAAAAGUAAUCAUCAGCAAAAUACUGCAGUGAUUAGUUAGAAUCUGUAUUAUUCCUUAUAUAUAUAUGUAUAUGUAUGUAUUCUUUGUUACAAAGGAUGGAGACAAAUAGAGAAACAUUUCAAUGUAAACCAGUUAUGAAUUGGAAGUGAUGUUGGGUUUAGUUCUUGUAAAUAAGGUAAUUAGUACAAUAUGAAAGGUAAUGUGAUUCUUGCAGAGGUGUUUUUAAAUCUUGGGUAUAAAUUCUGGGGUAAAUUCUAGUUUAUCAAGACUAGUUUUUAAGGGACCUGCCUUGGAGGGUGUUUUUUGUUUUUGUUGUUUUGCGGGAGGGAGAGGGGAGGGAUGGAGGGGAUGGGAUUAAAUCACAAAUGUGUGGUUUGGGUUAUUGUUUUUGUUUUUCUGUCCUGAAGAAUUUCUAGAGCUUUACCAGGCCGUGCAAAGUAAAAUUCUUCUCAGGCAACAUUUGCUUUUUAAAAUAAUAAUGAAGAGCAAAGUUGUUAAAGCAAAAACUUUUAUUUUUAUUUUCCUUGUCUUCCAAGAUCCAGUUUCCCCAUUUCCUACUUGCCAUCCAGCAGAUGCCCUCUGCCAUCUCAGCUGGUCACAGCUGAUAAACACGGAGACUGUCUCCUGACAGCCGGCACUGUGUGUAGUCACUCAGGAACCAGCGGAGCUGCAAAGACCUUACAGUCAAAGUGAAUCCCCGCUUUCUUUUUAUAAAACAUUCGACCCUCACCUCCAAUAUAAACCCAUCAAAGGAGUAUAAAAAUGUUUAAAAUCAUGUACUAAUAUAAUACAUUCAUUGUAUGUUAGAAUUGCAAAUAGAAUGGAGAAAGAAACAUUUAGCUAGUAAUGUAUCUGGAAACUCUGAAUGUCCUAUGUGAGUAUUAGAUUUUAAUAGCAUGCUUUAAAGACUGAUGAAUAUAAAAGUGGCAAUUUUGAGUUUACUGCUUUCAAAGCAGUAUCCUAGGAUAGUGAUACCAAUUAUUGCAACUUUUCUAUUGUUAAAUUAUUUAGUUUGGUGGAGUGAGGCAUGGAGCAGUCUGGCAUCUUCUGAUUUGUAACAGUGAUGGCAGUGAAGUUGUACCUGAAAUUUUAAACUGAUCUUCCUUUUUGGUGUGUUAUCUGUUGUGCCAACUUUUUUGAGAUUAUUUGCAGAGUGUGGCUCUAAGUUUCAGUAGAGUUUGGAGUGGAGGAAUGGAUUUUAAAUGUGCUUACAGAAAAGAUCCACUAAAUGAACACCUAACUUACUAACGAGUGAUUUUAUGGUACCCAAUCAGAAAGUCUUCCCCUUGCCCCAGGAGUCAUUCUGUAAUUAUUACAAAAAUAUGCUAGGAGUUAGAAUUAUGAUCCAAAUUCACAAAGCAAUAAUAAUAAAAACCUACACAUUCACUCCCUCUCUGAAGUUUUAACUCUAAACAUGAACUCUCUUUUUCGUAUUUUAUGAUUGUACUUUUAAUUUGCUUAUUCAAUACUUAGAAUUUAACUGGUACUUUAUUAUUUUAAAUUAAAGACUUUUGAAAAGUGCCCUUUCCUUUUAGAGACACUUGGGACAUCAGUUGACUCAUUAUGACCACUUGUGUUUCGGGGGAAGGAGCUUAUUAAUAAAAUUCCUUACUAAACCUUAGGAAAAGGUGUCUUGGCUCAGUCUUAAUGGGCAGAAAGUUCACACUUAACAGUCCCUGGAGAAACAUGAGUAUUGCAAUUCCAUUUAUAAAUAUUCUGCCUAAAUGCAAAAUAGAAGGAUAAGACUCCAAAAUCUAUAAAAAUCAUUCAUGAAUAUAUUCAUGAUCAUUAAUACUAGCCUGUUAUAUUUUCAUUUUUAUAAUGGAGCUUCAAAGCAUUUGUGAGAAAAUUCCAUUAUAUUUUAAUUAUAUUCUUCCAUGAAAUUUCUGAUGCUCCUCAUCUUUGCCAUGAAAACUUUAAUUUGCAUUUAUACCUUAAGGAUAAUUGAGUCUACUUUAUCAAUGCUAUAGGUUACAAAAAAAACCUUUCACUAGCACAUAUCAGAAGUUCACAUUUGUGCUAAGUCUUAAUUUUUAAAAAGAGGUUUCUUGGUUAUGCAGAUGUAGAGGAAAUGCACAAGACAUUUUUUUCUUUAGCACCUACGGGACAUCCUUAUCCUGAAAGUUUGUUGCUUUAAAAGCAAGUAUCCAUAAAUAUUAUGGCCUUCCAUUUUCUUCAUACAUUUUUUUAUAAUCCACUUGUGCAUGUAAUUGAGACCACUACAGUCUCUUAAUAUAGCACUUUCAAUUCUAAAGAAAUACUUACGUAUACUUCUAUCACAUGUUGUAAAUUUUCAUGUAAUAGUGUUUUCUGUGACUAAACUCCAUUUUGAUUGGCAGCUAAGACUUUUUCCUGUGGCUUUAAUUUAUCUAAGAGGUCUUUGCAUAUAGAUGAAAUGUAUAAUUUGCCUGGUGGACUAUUUGCGUUGUGUGGCCUUAGUUUGUUUAUUGACAAUAACGUGUUUUAAAAAAGUUUUUAAUGAAUAUAGUCUUAAAUCUAAAUUUGUGUGAAUAAUCCUUUUAACACCGUGCUUUUUUUGUAGUUGUCUAAGUGUGUUAAAUUGUUAAGCUAUUUCUUUGUAAAAUAGGACAAUGGAAUGCAUAGAGGUUUUUUUUUUCCUGUAAAGUAUUUUUUUAAUAAACAAAGUCUGAUUUGUCCUUUA